AUGCAACAUCCCGCCACGACCGCCGAGAUCUAUGAUAUCUCCAGGCGGGCGGUUGCCAUAUUCGCGCGCUCGGGGCUGACGUGCUGUCUCACCGGCGGCACGGCCUGCGCGUUGUACGGGACGACGCGCCGUCCGAACGACGUCGACCUCAUCGUGCUCACGCACCAGCACCAGCAGGAGCGCCUCAAGCAGCUGCUCGUCUGUGCGGACAGCGACUUCUACACCGUCGCCGCCAAGGACCCGCUCGCGACGUACAGGGUGCUCUGGUGCAGGCUCCCCGGCUCGUCGGUCCACUGGCGCCGGUGCAAGGUGGACAUCCUCGUCCCCGGCGUGAUGAACAUCCCGGACAUACCGCGCGCCGACGCACUCACUAUCAGCGGGCUGCCCGUCAUGCCGCUCGUGCUGCUCUUGUGCCUGAAGCUGCAGAGCUGGGCGGACCACCGCGCGGCGGUCCGGUACUAUCUGGUGCAGAAGCAGCACGACGACGUCAGGGACAUCGGGGAGCUGCUGGUGAUCAUGGAGAGCAGGGGAACGCGGUUUAACGGGGCUGCGUUGCGGAGGCUCCCGCCGACGCUCGCGGACGCGACCAUACAGCGGCUCCGGGAGUUCUUGUCGAUGUACCCGUCUUCGCGGGCGAAGUGGCAGGCGGUCGGGGCACUGCGCGCACGGCAAUGA